UCAUCAUUCCACUCCUUUCACAACAACAACACAAACUUAAGCUUACAAAUCUUCAAACUCUCUUACAAUCUUCACAAAAAAACUUCUCAUUUUUCUAUAAACUUUGACCUAAACAAAAUAUUUCUACUCAAGAACACACAAAAACUACAAUGGAAAAUCUAUUUAGCUCAGCUGAUCAUGAAGACUUCUUCUCUCGUCGUUGCAUUUGGGUGAAUGGACCAGUAAUUGUUGGAGCCGGACCUUCCGGGCUAGCUACAGCAGCUUGUCUUAAAGAACAAGGGGUGCCCUUCGUUGUUCUCGAAAGAGAAGAAUGCAUAGCUUCUUUAUGGCAAAAACGUACCUACGACAGGCUUAAACUUCACCUUCCUAAACAAUUCUGUCAGCUUCCUAAACUGCCAUUUCCUGAGGAUUUUCCUGACUACCCUACAAAGAAACAGUUUAUCCAGUACUUGGAGUCGUAUGCUCAGACUUUCGAGAUCAACCCGAAGUUCAACGAGUGUGUUCAGUCUGCUAGAUACGAUGAGACUAGCGGAUUGUGGCGUGUCAAGACUGUUUCGACUAGCGGGGCUAGUCGUACUGAAGUUGAGUACAUUUGCAGAUGGUUAGUAGUGGCUACUGGGGAAAAUGCAGAGUGUGUAAUGCCUGAAAUCGAAGGAUUGAAUGAAUUCGGCGGUGAGGUUAUUCAUGCUUGUUCGUAUAAAUCCGGUGAGAAAUUCGCUGGCAAGAAAGUUUUAGUCGUCGGUUGUGGUAACUCUGGCAUGGAAGUGUCUCUUGAUCUUUGCAACCACAAUGCAUCUCCAUCAAUGGUUGUUCGAAGCACAGUACAUGUACUACCUAGAGAAAUAUUUGGAAAAUCAACCUUUGAAAUGGCUGUUCUGUUAAUGAGUUGGCUACCACUCUGGCUGGUCGACAAGCUUAUGCUACUCUUCGCAUGGAUGAUUCUCGGAAAUGUCGAGAGUUACGGGCUAAAAAGGCCGUCAAUGGGACCAAUGCAGCUCAAGAAUUGCCAUGGAAAAACCCCUGUAUUGGAUAUUGGUACAUUGGAGAAGAUCAGAUCUGGAGAUAUUAAUGUAGUUCCUGGAAUCAAGAGGUUUUCACGUGGACAAGUUGAGCUAGUUAAUGGAGAAAUUCUUGACAUUGACUCAGUUAUUUUGGCUACUGGAUACCGCAGUAAUGUCCCAUAUUGGCUUCAGGAAGGUGAAUUCUUCAACAAAAAUGGGUUCCCAAAAGCACCAUUCCCCAACGGUUGGAAAGGAAAAUCUGGCCUGUAUGCAGUUGGGUUCACAAAGAGAGGGCUAUCUGGUGCAUCUUCAGAUGCCAUGAGAAUUUCACAAGACAUCAGCAGUGUCUGGAAACUAGAAACUAAGCAACAAAAUAAACGAACCACGGCUUGUCAUAGACGUUGCAUUUCGCAAUUCUAAAGACCUCGAAUCGGAAGAAAAUAUAAGUUUCUAACCAGACACAAGAUUACUAUUUAGUUGUAAAAACAAAUUAUAUACUUGUAUGAUACACAAGAAAAAAAGUUACUAUAUUUAAGAAAAGAUAGCACAGACAGAGAGCCCUCUCCGAAGACCCGAAAUUUUGACAAGUUUGGGGAUUUUGUUUACUAAGGAUGACGAGGCUUUUGGCUUCUAUUUUUUUUUUUUUUUGUUUUAGUUCAUACAGUUCUGUAUUAUACUUUUAAUGAUCAAUUGAAAUGACAUUUGUUUAUUUUC